AUGCUUGUUUCUCUGGUGGGGCCAGUCCAAGGGUCGCGGCCGGGGAAGAACGUGCAGCUGACGGAGAACGAGAUUCGGGGGCUGUGCCUCAAGUCGCGGGAAAUCUUCCUCAGCCAGCCCAUCCUUCUGGAGCUGGAGGCACCCCUCAAGAUCUGCGGUGACAUCCACGGGCAGUACUACGACCUGCUGCGGCUCUUUGAGUACGGGGGCUUCCCGCCUGAGAGCAACUACCUGUUCCUGGGUGACUACGUGGAUCGGGGUAAGCAGUCACUGGAGACUAUCUGCCUGCUGCUCGCCUACAAGAUCAAGUACCCCGAGAACUUCUUCCUUCUGCGUGGCAACCACGAGUGCGCCAGCAUCAACCGCAUCUAUGGCUUCUAUGACGAGUGCAAGCGGCGGUACAACAUCAAGCUCUGGAAGACGUUCACUGACUGCUUCAACUGUUUGCCCAUCGCCGCGAUCGUGGAUGAGAAGAUCUUCUGCUGCCACGGAGGGCUGUCUCCCGACUUGCAGUCGAUGGAACAGAUCCGGCGGAUCAUGCGCCCCACGGACGUGCCGGAUCAGGGUCUGCUCUGCGACCUGCUCUGGUCCGACCCUGACAAGGACGUGCAGGGCUGGGGCGAGAACGACCGCGGCGUCUCCUUCACCUUCGGCGCGGAGGUGGUGGCGAAGUUCCUGCACAAGCACGACCUGGACCUCAUCUGCCGGGCGCAUCAGGUGGUGGAGGAUGGCUACGAGUUCUUCGCCAAGCGCCAGCUCGUCACCCUCUUCUCAGCACCCAACUACUGCGGGGAGUUC